CCAGCGACCACGUGUCGCAACGGCGUUCAUCAGCAUCCUUCACCCAUCGCAAGUCAAGAAGACUUCAAGAAGUCACACCACUCAACACACCACCACCACCACCACUACAUACGUAACGACCACCUCGAGAAGAGCAACAGCAACAACGACAGCGCCCUCAGGUCAGCAAGCUCGUUCGACCUCAACUCGCGCUGAUGCGGGUGGGUGCGACACGCCCUUCGCGCCUGUCACCCGGCGCUGCCGCCCUUCUCUUCAGCACUCUCUGUGUUGUGUUGGCGGCAGCAUACAUCCCCGGUGCAGCCUGUCAAGACAGCCAGCCCACCACCGCAGCCGGGCAACAAGAGCAUGCUCCCCUCCUGAAACAAGAGGGGCCCACCAUUACAGCGGAGUCGGCGACAAGCAGAGGCACAGGAGGCGGCAUCACUGCCCAAGCUGGGGCCAAUGCUAGCGUUCACGUCUUGACUGUCCAAGCCAAGGCCCCAAAUGCUGCAUCACCACACACCUCCACUUGUUGUGUGGGUGGGUUGGAUCUUGUGGCCGCACUGCGCAACGUCAGCAAAGCCGCUGUGGCAGCACUUGGUGCCGUGGCGGAUGACGACCCCACCUUCGACACCGCCGUCAGCUCCAAACUGAUGGACGUGCUUGCACACGGGCAAGGAGCGCCAUCAACCUCCAUCUCCCUUUCACAGGAUGCCCAGGUGCACGCCGCCUGCAUUGACCACGACAACCAAGAGGCAGGCGAUGAGAGCACCACACCGCUUCGGUACCACCCCGGGCUUUGUGCAGAUGACGCCAACAACCUGCACAUCAACCCAAGUCCCGGCCGGGAUGUGUGGCUGUGGCCGCAACCAGACACGGGCUCCCUGUACGUUGGCGAUGUUGAUGUGGUGGCCUUUCUCCGCACGGUAAGCGCCAGUCUUGCCAGCAUCACAGGCAGCUUGUUUCGUGAAGCAGGUGCCCUCGGUCUGGCAACAACAGCUGACAUCGACGUGGACAGCCUCGACACCAUUGCCCGGUUCGCCUUGAUGCCCUCCCCAUUUCGGGGUGCGGGUGAAACUGAGAGCCACAACAGCAGCUUUGACGAUAGCGAAAGCAUAGCCAGUGAGAGCACAGUCACAAUUGACGACAACGGUGACCUGCACCUUCACAGCACUGGAGACAUUCGCUUUCGUUCACUCCAACAGCAGUCACGCCACAACGCGAGUGCUUGGCCUGGACCGCUGGUCGUGGACGGGAUGGACAUCCUCUACGUGGUGAAGUUGCUGCAGCAGGCCCAGGCUAAGCUGACUGGAAUCCCCUGCUACGGACAUUCGCCGACCUUCGCGCUCAACUGCGCUGAUCAAACGUCCCGCUCGCUGCUUGCACUGCGUUCCUCGAUACCAUUGUGCAGCAUCGUGAAUGUGACCAACUGCUGCUGUCGCGAGCUCAGCUUUGUUCGGUCCAUUGCCACGUCCGUGAGCAUUGCUGCGAACACGGUCCACGCCAAUUUGACUGGUCUGGCCAGCGUCGGCGGCGCCAUUGCCGUGGAAGAGAGCGACAUCACUGCAGCGCGCCUCCGCACGAUUGCCUUUGGGCAGAUGACCUACAUUGGUGGAGACGUACGGCUGUCUAUGACACCAUUGCAGGCGCUCUCAUUCGCGAACAUCACCAGCAUUGACGGGCUUGUGGACCUCAGUGAGAACACGCACCUCACCGCCGUUGCCUUUGGUGCCCUCAAUCGCAUCAGCGCCACGUUGAACCUCAACCGCAACUCCAACCUCAGCAGCAUCGACUUUGGUGCCUUGACUCACAUUGGCGGGGAACUUCAGCUGGAAGGCACUGGUUUGCAGGCGCUAGUGCUGCGCGGCAUCCAACACAUUGGCUCCAUCAUACACUUGAACAACAAUGAGCAGCUUCAGCACGUUGACCUGGCCGACCUCACCGCCAUUCCCCAAGCCCUGUACCUUGCCGAUUCAAGCAGUCUCCAAUCUGUUAAUUUGGGGCAUGUGACCUCUGUCGCAGGCAAUCUCAAUUUGUUCCGGAACGGUAACCUCAGCUCCGUCAUGUUCCCCAACUUGCUGCGAGCAAACGGUGCCAUCUACCUCCACGAGACUCGCAUCCCGACGCUUGCUUUCAGCCAAGUAACGACAAUCGCGGGCGCGCUGUUUGUCGACAACUGCCACCAACUGACCCUCAUUGACUUUGGCGCACUCACCAGCAUCUUGGGCACGGUUAAGCUGCAUCACAACGACGCACUCACCAGCAUCAACUUUGCAAACCUGAGAAGCACCAAGAGCCUUGAACUGCACGACAACAGCAUCCUCACGUCUGUUGACUUUGCAAGUGUGAGCACAGUGAAUGGGGAUGUGGACCUGACCGCAUGUCCCCAGUUGCAAUCGGUGGACUUUGGCACGGGACAGCUUAGCAUCGAGGGCAAGCUGCUGCUCCAAGGCAACUCGCAACUGACCACGCUUGACUUUUCAAAUGUGACUGCCAUCAAUGGGAUAAUUGACAUUCGCGAUUGCGAGCAGCUUGAAUCUGUUGAUUUUUAUCACUUGGGCUCGUGUCUCUGUGUAGAUGGUCCCACCAUGGUGUCCCGUGCUCCACAGUACUGCUUGCUCUGCUAACGCAAUGACAGUUGGUGUGUAUGUGUGUGUGUAUCUGUGUACAUUUUGUGGGAGAGCUGUUUAGUUGGUUGGCUGGUAAUUCUUGUUGCUUUGAUGUGACAGUGUGGCUGCCGCGAUGAAUGCAAGCUUUAGCUUGCGCACUCUCUCUUUUGCUCUUAGUUCUAGAUGGUGUAUACUAUUCCAAGCCAAGUCAGCCCUUG